GGGAUUUAGAACCCCUAGUACCUUGGAGGAUUACUACAUAAAGGAGGGAAGAAGAUACACGGUAGAAAUAGAAGAAGACUUGGGGUUGGAGAAGAUGCCUCCUUGCUCCUAGCUCCUCCUCCUUCUUCUUCUUCUUCUUCUUCUUCUUCUUCUUCUUCCUUCAGCUUCUCUCUCUUCUCUCUCCCUAUAACCAAAAAUUUCUAUCAAAAUCAGCUCUUCUAAAAUGGGGAAAGUAGUCUUGUAUUUAUAGGAAUUAUGGACUCGAGGAAGUUUGCGACCUGAGAAUGAGAGAUCGCGCGAGAGAUCUUUUGAGGAUAGGCCGCGAUCUCAAGAUGACAACGUCAUGGCCUUCUGAAGGGAGAAGAUCACGGGCUGACUUUGCGGUCGCGAUCCGCGAGUCGUGGCCGCGAUCUUUUUUGCAGGAAAAUUUAACAUUGGAUGUGAUGCGACUAGGAAAACUCUCUGCUUCUCCAAGGCUCCUUCCAUGCGAAGUUCAUGCCUGAGGCCCCCAAUAUCGCGGUCGCAAUCUUUCGCUUCUGGGGCGUGAUUUUUAGCUCGUCUUCACGGCUUGUGAUCCCGGCCGUGUUCUUUGGCUUCUAGGCCAUGAUUUUCCUCCUUUCUAGUGGGGAUAAUCCUCUUAAAAUAGACCACAUAAUGCGAGAAGCUCAUUGAGAUCUAUGAGAUUCCGGAUAAAGAGAAAGUUAGUUUAGCAACAAUCUAUUUGGAUAGGCGAUUGGAUAAAUGGUUUAAGGGAUGGAAGUAUGGUCGUCGGAAUUUGUAUUGGGGUCAAUUCGUGACUUCCUUGUGUGGUAGGUUUGGCGACAGGACGUAUGGGGUAUUGUGGGUGCAUUUAACAAAUUAAAGCAUCAGGGUUCCUUGUUGGAAUAUCAGGAGAAGUUCGAGGAAUUAAAGUCGCAGAUGGUUCGUUUCAACCCCGCCCUGGGGGAAGACCAUUUCAUUUCCAACUUCAUUAGUGGAAUGGAGGAAGAGUUGAGACCAGUGGUCACUAUGUGGAAACCUUUAACUCUGGCAAAUGCUUUUCAGUUGGCUCAACUGGAAGAGGCCUCUAAUGAGGCCAGACAGAAGAAGUGGAGGACUGGAGCUAGUUUCACACUACCACCCUCCCAAUAAUCUUGUGCAACCCCAAUGAAAGAAGUCGGAAGGUUCCGGGGGUAGCCAUCCACAAAAUCCCAGUAAUCUCAAUAGAUCAGCCCCCACAAAAAGGAAUUUUGCUAAAGGUUCUUGUUACAAGUGUGGUGAGAGGUACUGUUUUGGGCAUGUGUGUGAAGCGAGAAAACAAUUAGAUGCAUUUCACGUUGACAAGGUAAUGAGGAACUGCAGGUAGAUUGGAGUGACACUUAGGAUGGAGGAGUUGAGGAAGUCGACAGUGAACCUCAACAGUCUGAGUUAGUCAAAGUUCCAACGCAGGCUCUCUGCACUGGGGGGGUUAUCUAACCCCUUGAUUGUCAAAGGGAAUACCAAAAAAGGCAGAGUAAUUAUACUAGUGGAUACGGGAAGCACUCACACGUUUUGUAGUGAAAGGAAGGCAAUUGAAUUGUAGUGUGCUUUAGAGACUGUUUCUCCCUUAUGAGUGAAGUUGGAUGAUGGUACCAUGUUGUCCAGUUCCAAAGUAUGUCGCAUUUUCAGUUGGGAGAUGCAAGGCCAUAAGUUUGGGUUUGAUAUAUGAAUAAAUAGUCUGGGUUCCAAUGAUGUAGUGUUGGGAUUGGAUUGGUUGAAGACAGUGAUCCCAGUUAAAUUUUAUUUCAUCAACUUGCAACUGUUCUUUGAUUGGGAAGAAAAGGAGGUGGUAUUACAAGAGUUCAAGAGUAUGGCCAGUGUAAGUUUCUCUCAGGCAAAGGAUUACAUAAGAUACUAAAGAAGACCACAACUUCACUAGUUGGACACAACUUUAGUUUGUCUGUGGAGCCAGCCAAUCCAGGUAAAGUUCCAUCAUUCGUUGAACCUAUGCUCGAAGAAUAUGCUAAUGUAUUUGGUAAAUGGAGUUCCCUACCCCCUACUAGAUCCUGUGACCAUACUAUCCCACUCAAACGUAACUUCCAGCAUGUAAACUUGAGACCUUAUCAAUAUUCCCAAGCCUAGAAAAUAAAAAUGGAGAUGCUGUGCAAAGGGAUUCUAAAUUUCCAGUACAUACAACCCAUAGGAGCCCAUUUGCCUCACCAGUUCUAUUAGUACUAAAAAAGACGGAUCCCGACGGUUUUGUAUUGACUAUAGGCAGCUCAAUUCUCUUACCAUCAAAGACAAAUUUCAUAUUCUUUAGAUUGACGAAUUAUUAGAUGAACUCAAGGGAUCCAAAUAUUUUAUCAAACUAGACCUACUGUCUAGAUAUCACCAUCUCAAAAUGCACCCUCAAAACCAGCAUAAAAUAGCUUUCAGGACACACCGUGGCCCGUACGAGUUCACUAUCAUGCCCUUUGGGCUAACCAAUUCCCCCGCCACAUUCUAAGCUCUUAUGAACCAAAUUUUUGGACCCUAUCAUUCGAAGUUCAUUUUGGUUUCUUUGACGAUAUUCUUGGCUAUAGCCCUAACCAAGAAUCCCAUAUUCAGCACCUUAGAACGACCUUGCAAAUCCUAAGACAAAACACUUUGUUUGCCAAACCAUCAAAAUGUUCUUUUGGCCAGGUGUAGGUGGACUACCUAUGUCAUAUUAUUAAUCAAGAUGGGGUCCCUACUAACCCUUGCAAGAUAGGGUCAAUGAUCAACGGCAUGUUACAAAGUCACUAAAGGAAUUACGUGGGUUUUUUGUUUUAAUUUGGUAUUACAGGAAGUUUGUGAAGGAUUUUGGGGUGAUUGCAAAGCCAUUAACUGACUUACUAAAGAAGGAUAGCUUCGUGCGUCCAGUGUUGCUCAAUGAGCCUUUGAGUUGUUACAGGCUGCUAUGGUUUAAGUGCUUGUUUUGGCUCUCCCUAAUUUCACUCAACCAUAUACCCUUGACACAGAUGCACGUGAUCCGGGAAUAAGGGCAGUAUUGUCUA